AACACCAACCCGAAGACUCUGCGAGCAGCACAAAACAGCAGAAGUAAAACCUCAUCAAGCACGGCAUAUGGUCACGCACCAGGCGCUUUGGGUCUGCAUGGAUGGCAACCACCCCAGGCCCACCUAUUUGUCUCGGCUCCAGCUUCUGCGAGCAGCUUUUCUCCAAUCAUUACUCAAUCGUCACAUGCCAAUAUAUCGCCUACGAGUAUUUCUGGUCAGACCGGGUAUAUCAUCGGCUCUCCUGAAGCACGUUUGUCGAACAAAACGUCAAGCUCGGCUCUGAAGGUUCGUAAGACACGUGAAAAUCUCCGAACUGGAUUCAUCAACGAUGCCGCCUCUACGGGCGAAUACUCUGUGCCUGAUUCUGCCCAUAGCAAGCAUUCUAGUGCCCUGAUACUUCGAGAGAUUCAGAACACCGUACACGAUGAGGCUAUCAGACCUUCAUCGAGAAGCAACCGCUUCAGUUGGGAGUCUAACAGCGCCCAUCUUACAACAGUCAUCGAACGAUCUCCAACCAAGCGGACAUCAUCUCAGUCCGACAAGAAUGAGUCAAAAUCUGCUCCCUCACUGUCUCGCAAGUUGUCUGUGCGUAAGAGAGUAGUCUCAAAAGUCAAGGAGGGUCUUCUCAGUCGAUCCAAAAGUUCUUCCAAAGUGCCACUGAGAAAUAAUAACGACGUUGCCGUCAGUCGGACUGCUUCAGAGCAUGAGAGGUUUGCACAGACUAUGGCCGACGAGAAUUCUCAAAACAUGAAAGAUGAUCAUACAGUUGCAUCACAUAUUGUGGCCUUUGACUCGGUCCAGAGUCUUGUCUCAGUGGACUCACCUAAAGGAGACUUUGGCCCGACACUCACUACCUUGCCUCCGCCUAACCUCAAGACCAAAAGCAUUCUCCUUGGAAGUGACGGCAGUUAUCCAAGUCCAUCACAAGAGGCAGAGCCAAGUCCUUCGCCAUCUCCAGAAAAGACACCUCGCCCAGAAAGAGUCACUCAAUCAUCUGCACUCCACUUCGACAGCACACGCAAAUUCUUAUCAAUGCUUCACAUCAAGCUUCGUGUCACGCCUGCAUGGGCAACUCUAGACCUAGCCGACGAGGCGACGGUAUGGGCGAUGAUCAAGGCUGAAGCAAGCGUUUCAAGCGAUCCACCAUCUACAAGUGGUACAAACGAUAUGAGAUCCUCGGCAUGUCCUGAUUAUUCCGGCAAAACUCAAAAGCCUCUCAAUAUUAUUGUUAUCAUUGACAACUCGUUUGUGCUCUCCACAUCUUCACUCACUUUUACCCGGCACAUUUGCAGUUUGCUACGAGACCAGCGAGAUCGUCUGGCAGUGUUCUGCACGUCCUGCUCCCACGAAUCGCAAUGCUCGGAUAUCAGGUCAGGCUGUCAGCUUCAUCGUCUGCAGAGGCCGGAUGCAUCAUCCCUCUUGAUCGAAGUGGCAAAGCUAGACUCUGGCACGGCAAUGUCACAGCCCUCGGCCGCAAUGGUGUCUGGCAUGAUGCAGGAAGCUGUAGCGUCUGUGGUCGAGGUAGUAGAGGACUCAAUCGUUACAGUCACACAUGCGCUUGUAUUGUCUCCAGUCCCGCACAGAUGUGCAUCACUCCUUCGCGAGUUGGUGUCGUGGCCAAUCCACCAAGUUCAAGUCGGCUAUACCUACGAACCACCAUCUCCUCGCGACCAAGUCCGGACAGGCGGAUGGCGUUUCGAGUGGGAAGAAGCUCAACAGACUGUCCUAGAAGCUCUUGUCCAGUCGGCGCGUGAAGAAUCUCACGCCCAAGAACUUUCACACGUCAGAGUGUCUAUCAACUCAACCGAGCCAUGUCGCGUGGAAAAACUCCUCACACCUNNCCCCCGGAAGGCAACACUACAUCCAGGUCAAUGUACCACUCUAUUCGCGAAGGUGCGCGUACCUUCGCUCGAGGCUCAACGAAGUGCAGAUCCAGCCUCGCUAGAAGGCCUCUUAAGUGAGCUUCACGAGACACUCGGAAUAGUCGGGAGUGAGUUGUUCAAGGCGGAUGUGCGGUACAGACAUUCUCUCCUUCCUCGGGAUACAGAACUACGGACUGAGCAGGCAUGUGAGUUGAUCCGCACGAACAGGAACAGCCAAUGGAGCAUGGACCAUCAAGAGGAAGACAGGGAUGACGUGGAGAUUGAGAUAGAGAAGGCCAAGUUUGCUGCAAGAAACUAUCCCCCGGAUGUCGCGAUCAGGAUCUUGCACAGGAAGUUUGGCAAAUUCUGGUCCGGCAACGACGGGCCACCAGUUUUGCGUCGCUUGCGCGAAGAACUCGAGUUCCAACAAGGAGUGUUGACCGAAAAAUCUAAGAGUGUAGUACAGUCGUCUAGGACAGCCACACAGCAUCGAGAUCCGAAAAGCACACGCCGAACCACGUUGCCUCUUGCCGACGCCGAAGCUCUGCAGGUUUACAAUACCGCCCCCUCUACGCCAACACCCGAGGAAGGUAAUACAAACAUGGGCAUGCCUGCCGAUGAACACCACUUUGAACACGGACAGAGGCCGGACAGUCUCGUGAUACAAGAUGAAGCUCGGCGGAUCUGGCGGCACAUGCGACGCAACAGCCGGACCACGUCAGGNGUCGCAAGCGCAUCCGGUGCAAGUAGCCGUGCCGGAUCAGGAGUACUACAGCAAGAGCAAACCCUUCAGCAGCGCGGAUCACAGGAGAGCAUUGUGGACCGGAUGGCCGCGGCGGACACUCGCGUCAACGAGAUUCGCCUCAAAGCCAUUCAAAACAAACGUAGCGUCGGUGCUGAGACGUUGCGAGACUUCAGCAUGAUGCAGCAGCGUGACGAUGGAAGACUGGAUGAGUUGCAACACGAGGCUUGUAUGCCUUGGCUGUAG